GGUGUGGGAGGCUCUCUGCUCCCAGCCAUGGCUGGUUGAUGGGGCCAGACUUCCACCAAGCAGAUUUCUGCUAAGAGGGGGGCCAGAGAGAAGCAUGGAUUCCAGACGCGUGACUUAUAAGCCUGCCGGGCCAACAGUCAGGGAAACAAUUUUCUGGAUCAACCCCAAAAGCUGUGGUUUCUCCAUCCUGUGGGUGGAGCCCAAUUUGGACCCUACACCAGGUCCUGUACUAUCUGGAAAGACACCCAUGCCUCCAGUCCACCUCCUCUCUGCCAGUUGUCCGGGAUGCCCAGCUCCUGGCAGGGCCCUCCACAACUGGACGCCUGGCUGUCUCCAGGUUUAUCACACGCCACUGCCCUCUGCACGCUCUACGGUCCCACCUCCAGGCCUUUGCCCAGUCUGUCCCCCAUGCCUGGAAUGCACUCCUUCCUCACCUCCUCCUCUCAGAAUGCCUAGCUCUCGGCAGCUCAGCUCAGGCACCACCCCUUCCCCGUUACCUCCAGCUCCUGGUGACCUAUUAACUUCGUGUGUAUUCACAUAUACUGAUAUGUGUAAUGGGGUUUCUUGAGACUAUAAGCUCUUUGAGAGCAAAGAUGACUUCACUUUCACCUCUGUACCCCCAGGGUUUGGCCCACGGGAGACGCGGGAGUAACUGCCUGGCAACUGCUGGAGUCACAGUUCAAGGCUGGACCUUGAAGCCAGGCCAUGGCAGGACAGCUCCCUCCUGCACUGCUGCAGGGCAUGAAGGAGAAAGCCUAAGAGGAAAUCGUGGUGGGGGAGCGGGGAAAGGAACAGUUAAGCCAAGAACUUUCCCCCUCCCCCUCCCCCUCCGGGCCUGGCCCCAGAGAUCGCCCUGAGCAGGCAACGGGCUUCACUCCCUCCAGACCGGAACAGCACCACACACCUGGAGGACAGGUGGGGCCUCGCACUCAGGGCACUCCUCGGCACCCCUGGCCAUGCUCCUUCCACCACAGGUGGGACCUGGCACCCAGGGUGGGGGCACACCUCCGCCAGCCUGUCCUCUGCUGUCCUUUCCACACAGCUGCUCCCCUAAUUCUCCCAAACUUCCCGGAUCUUACGGUUGUUCUUCUCAGCGGGCUCUGCCUUUUUCUGCAUCCGCGGGGGGAAGGGCAAGUGGAAGCCCAGGGCCCUGCUCACGCCAGGGCCUCCCAUGAGCAUCAGUUCAGCCAUGUGGGUGCUGGCUCCAGUGACAGAGAGCACAGCCCAGAGCCUGCCUCCAAGAGAGGCUGCCCCAGGCCUUGAUUAAAAGCCCUUCUUUCCAGCUUGGUACUGUUCAAUACGCAUUUACUUUGCACCCAUUCCACUGUGUGCCCGGCAAAGUCAGGACAGAACCAGAACUGUCUCUGCCUUUCAGCAGCACACAUUCAAUUGGGAAACAGAAAGUGUGUGCCGUGUAAAUGCCAGGUAAUCUGGAGGGAGGGACGGAACCAGCAAUGGCCUCUUGCAUAAGGUGGCCUUGA